ACCUGUCGUCGUCCGUGUCCGUGACAAGGUCCGGGUCUACAAGUGGUUUAUAUACACGAAGUCGCCGCACCGGCCGCUGAUUUUCUGUGGCAGUCUUGCCGGAGCCUUCGUCUGUGCUUCAAGUGACCCAACAGCUUCAACAUGUCGAACGAUCCCGCUGCCAACCAGCUCCCCGACUACAAGAAGCAGACGAGGGACAUGGAGAGGCUGACCCUCGCCGACGGCACCCCCGUCGGGGACAGGCUGGCGUCGCUGACAGCGGGCCCCCGCGGCCCCCUGCUGCUCACCGACAUCACCCUCGUGGAGGAGCUGGCCCACUUCGACCGCGAGCGCAUCCCCGAGCGCGUGGUGCACGCCAAGGGCGCAGGUGCCUUUGGAUACUUGGAGGUGACCCACGACAUCUCCAAGUACUGCAAGGCCAAGCUCUUCAACCAGAUUGGCAAGAAGACGCCCCUCGCCAUCCGUUUCUCCACCGUCGGAGGCGAGAGUGGGUCUGCUGAUACCGUCAGAGAUCCUCGCGGUUUCGCCGUCAAGUUCUACACUGAGGAUGGCAACUGGGACUUGGUUGGAAACAACACUCCCAUUUUCUUCGUUCGUGAUCCCAUUCUUUUCCCAAGUUUCAUUCACACCCAGAAGCGCAACCCAGCCACUCACCUCAAGGAUGCUAACAUGGUGUGGGACUUCUUCACCCUGAGGCCGGAAUCCACGCACCAGGCCAUGUUCCUGUUCUCCGACCGUGGUAUUCCCGAUGGCUACCGUUUCAUGAACGGCUAUGGCUCUCACACCUUCAAGCUUGUCAACGACAAGAAUGAAGCUGUUUACUGCAAAUUCCACCUCAAGAGUGGACAGGGUAUCAAGAACCUGCCAGUGGACAAGGCUGGCAAGAUUUCCGCCGACGACCCCGACUACUCCAUCCGUGACCUCUACAAUGCCAUUACUAAGGGCGACUUCCCCAAGUGGAACUUCUUCAUCCAGGUCAUGACUUUCGAGCAGGCGGAGAAGUACAGGUUCAACCCCUUCGACAUCACCAAGGUCUGGUCCCACAAGGAGUUCCCCCUGAUCCCCGUGGGCCGCGUCGUCUUGGACAGGAACCCCACCAACUACUUCGCCGAGGUGGAGCAGGUCGCCUUCGCGCCCUCCCACCUCGUCCCCGGCAUCGAGCCCAGCCCCGACAAGAUGCUGCAGGGCCGCAUCUUCUCGUACGCCGACACGCACCGCCACCGCCUGGGCCCCAACUACCAGCAGAUCCCCGUCAACUGCCCGUACCGCACCGCCGUCAGGAACUACCAGCGCGACGGGCCCAUGAACGUGACCAACAACCAGGGCGGCGCCCCCAACUACUACCCCAACAGCUUCUCCGGCCCCGAGCAGAACGCCAAGCUGGAGCCGCCCGCGUACAAGGUGUCCGGGGACGUCACCAGGUACAACACCGCCGACGACGACAACUUCAGCCAGCCCGGCAUCUUCUGGCGCGAGGUGCUCAACGCAGAGGAGCGCGAGCGCCUGGUCAGCAACAUCUGCGGCCACCUCAAGGACACCGAGAACUUUAUUCAGGAACGUGCUGUCAAGAACUUCUGCCAAGUGGAUGCUGAUUUCGGACGCAGGGUUGCGGAUGGUCUCCGCAAGCACGGUAGUCACAUCUCUGCCAAGAUUUAAGCAUUUUUCUCUAUCAUUGUCAGUCUCUUCUUUUUUCCAUUUUCAAUCAAAGCAGUCAUUAUUUUUGGAAGCAAGGAAAGUCUAGGCUAUCUUUUGAUGUGGCCGCUUUGAUUGUCCCUGUACCAUUAUGUAAUAAGAGCUCUACUCAUUUUUACUUUUGUCUUGCAUAUCUUUGUGAAUGUAUUUUGAACAUCCGCAUUUAAAAUAAAUGUUAUGAUUUCAUUUUAA